UAUUUUAUUAGAAGUAGUAGAGGAGGUUUAUGCGAGCCGUGGGUGGAGAGGGAGCCAGGAGAGCCGGCUGAUGCCUAGUAAGAUGAUGGCUGCAACAACCCGGGUCGCUCUCCUGGCAAGGUCCUUCUCCACCUCGGGGGCAACCAAGCAGUUGGUGCAGCCCCCAAUACAGGUGUUUGGCUUAGAGGGUCGUUAUGCCACUGCUCUCUACUCGGCAGCCUCAAAAAAGAAGGCACUAGAUGCUGUUGAUAAGGAUAUGAAAACAUUUUCUGAACUUUUGAAGGUAGAUUCCCAGCUUAAGGAGUUCCUUAUAAAUCCCCUUCUCAGCAAGGAGCUCAAGAAGAGUGCCAUUGAUUCAGUGUUGGCUAAGAAGAGUGCCAAUCCACUUACAGUAAACCUGUUUGGUGUGCUUGCAGAAAAUGGGCGCAUGUCCAAUAUAGAAGCCGUCAUUAAUGCAUUUGCAAUCAUCAUGGCUGCAGUUCGAGGUGAAAUAGUGUGUGAAGUCACUACUGCUAAGCCCUUGGAUGCUGCUGCCAAGAAAGAACUAGAGUCAUCACUUAAAGCAUUCCUGCAGCCAGGACAGAGCCUUCAGCUGAAUUUGAAGGUUGAUCCAUCAAUCAUUGGUGGCAUGUUGGUUUCAAUUGGUGAUAAGUACAUAGACAUGUCGAUGGCUUCCAAGAUCAACAAGUUUACUUCACUUCUCAGUCAAGCUGUCUAGACUGUUGUAUUUAUAAAAGAUGUAUAGUUAUCCUCAAGCCUGUAAAAGUUGUGGUAUGUGUGGUUAUAAUGGAGAGAGAUCAUUCAUUAUUAAACUUCUGUGAAUGUUCCCACUAAAUUAGUGGUUUUCAUUAUUAAACAUAGUUUAUAUAAAGUGAACUGAGGAAUGUAUAUGUAAAUUAAAAUAUUAAUGUAA